AUGAAAGACUUGAGGAAGCUGAAAUUUUUCUUAGGGAUUGAAGUAGCCAGAAACUCGAAUGGUAUUUUCUUGUGUCAACGUAAGUAUGCGUUGGAUGUAAUUUCAGAAGUUGGAUUACUGGGUUGCAAGCCAGCUAAAACUCCUCUUGAACAAAAUCACAAGCUGGCCCUUACCGAGAGCGAUGAUGUGGAUGACCCUGCUCAGUAUAGGCGUCUGGUGGGACGGCUUAUUUAUCUAAUAAUAACUCGGUCGGAGCUGUCUUAUUGUGUGCAUAUUCUUGCUCAGUUCAUGCAACAACCGAAGAAAGCUCAUUGGGAGGCAGCUGUUAGAGUUGUGCAUUAUUUGAAAGGAAAUCCAGGUCAGGGUAUACUACUGCAUGCCAAUUGUGAUCUCAAAUUGUCCACUUACUGUGAUUCUGAUUGGGCUAGCUGUCCUUUAACGAGACAGUCUUUGAUUGGUUAUCUUGUUCUUUUGGGUGAAUCCCCUAUCUCGUGGAAGACUAAAAAGCAAUAG